AUGGUCUCCAAGGAUCCUCAAUGCAUCUGCGUCAGACUUUUCAAAUGCUUGGGACUAUGCAAAAAUAAAGCCCAAGAGGAUCAUGAGCUCAUUACAAUCCGAGCUCGUAGCGUACCAAUCAUACCACCUACAAGAACUCAAACAAUAGUGCCUGAGUCUUCCGCAGGAACAAAAACUCGGAAGUUGUCUAUUGCACUACCUUCGAAGAGGACCAAACAAGAGCUUUCAAAUGAUACAGUCAGUAACUGGUUUGAAAACCUCAUCAACACAGACCAGAGCAGUGGCAAUUUAGGAGAACCUUCUACCAAGGACACCAGCAACCUGCCAGAAGAGGCUUUAACCAAAGACGCCAGUGACCAAGAAGAAGCUUCAACCAAGGAUGUUCACAGCCAUUCAGGAGAAGUUCCAAACAAGGACACCAGCAACCAGCCAGAAGAGGCUUCGAUCAAGGACACCAGCAGCCAGCCAGAAGAGGCUUCGACCAAGGACGCCAGUGACAAAGAAGAAGCUUCAACCAAGGAUGUUCACAGCCAUUCAGGAGAAGCUUCAAACAAGAAUACCAGCGAUCAGUCACCACAGGCAAUAUAG